GAUUUGGAAUGCUUUGACUGAUAAUUAUGGUAACGUAAUGCCAGUUGACUGGAAAUCUUCCCACACCAGAGCUUUGCACUUGCCAACACUGAAUCUUUCAGAAAAAGGGGUAAAUGAUAACUUGAACCUUGACCUAUCAGAUGAUGAAGAGCUGAGAGAACAGCUGGAUAUGCAUUCUAUCAUUGUUUCAUGCAUCAAUGAUGAACCACUCUUCACAGCAGAGCAGGUGAUUGAAGAAAUAGAGGAAAUGAUGCAGGAAUCGCCUGAUCCAGAAGAUGAUGAAACACCCACCCAGUCAGAUCGACUCUCCUUACUUUCCCAGGAAAUUCAGACACUCAAGAGAUCCAGUACGAAUAACAGCUAUGAAGAGAGAGUAAAAAGAUUGUCUGUUGCUGAGUUAAAUGAACUGCUAGAAGAAAUUGAGACUGCUAUUAAGGAUUAUUCAGAGGAACUGGUACAGCAGUUGGCUCUACGAGACGAGUUGGAAUUUGAAAAGGAAGUGAAAAACAGCUUCAUUUCUGUCCUCAUCGAAGUACAAAACAAACAGAGAGAACACAAAGAAACAGCAAAGAAGAAAAAGAAGCUGAAAAAUGGUAGUCCUCAGAAUGGCAAACAAGAAAGAGGUCAUAUGCCUGGAACACGCUUCAGCAUGGAAGGGAUCUCAAAUGUCAUACAGAAUGGCUUCCGCCACACGUUUGGAAACUCGGGUGGAGAGAAACAGUACUUAACAACCGUCAUUCCUUAUGAGAAGAAAAAUGGACCUCCGUCUGUUGAAGAUCUUCAAACAUUAACCAAAAUCCUGCAUGCCAUGAAAGAGGAUAGCGAGAAAGUGCCAAGCUUGUUAACAGACUAUAUUUUAAAGGUUCUGUGUCCUACAUGAAGAGGGCUGCCUUUCAGAAUUAGCCAUGCUCCUUCCUUUCAUGAGAAGCUUUUCGUGGAUAUAACUCAUAGUAUUUUUUCAUUUGACACUAUGCCUAAACCAGUAUGCAUUUACCUCUUCUGUGUGUGCGUGGAUUUUCUAAUCCUACAGUAAGUCUUCUGGGCAUGACAACUCAUCCAUUUUAACUUCAUAGUGCAAUGAACUGGAGCAGGGAACAAAAAUUGUACAGUUUUACUCACAGUGUUCUGGCUUUUUAAAAUCUAUUUUUACAUUGUAUAGCAUGUAGUAAAUCCUCCUGCACAUUUUGUUGUUGGAAGGAGAGGUAAACUUCAAAUAGUGUAAAUAAAAUAAGCCUAGUUUUAAGGAAUCUGUAUUUAAAGCAUCCUUAGUUCCUACAGCAAAGAUGCAAAAAGGAUCAUGGUCAGCCUUGGACUAAAAGAUUCAAGUGAAUUCUCCAGGAAGCACUCCAGAAUGGUGGUGGUGCAAGUCAGCAUUGAACACUUCUUUUAAAAUGGUAACUUUGGUGGAACUGUACAACAGUAUUGUUCAUACAGUGAACAAAUUCAGAUUCUUUGAUGGUUUGGCAUAAGUAAUUGGUUUGUUACUUAUCCUUGAUAUCUUACACAAGCAUUUGAGUAAUGUAAUAUUUCAUAUUUGGUUUUAUUUUAAUUAUUAAUGUUAAUGUGGCUUAGAUGCUCUCCCACAUUGCUGCUAUAAUUU